AUGUACCUAGUUAUGGAGUUUUGUGUGGGUGUGCUUCAGGAUAUGUUGGAAGCCAGUCCUGGAAAAAAAUUCCCACAGCGGCAAGCACAUGAUUACUUUACUCAGCUGCUUGAUGGUUUAGAAUAUCUCCAUGGACAAGGAGUUGUUCACAAGGAUAUUAAACCUGGAAAUUUGCUAUUAACUUUAGACCAAACACUUAAAAUUACGGAUUUUGGUGUGGCAGAGGCAUUAGAUAUGUUUUCUCCUGAAGAUACAUGCUACACUGGUCAAGGAUCUCCAGCUUUUCAACCUCCGGAGAUUGCUAAUGGAGCUGAGCGUUUUUCUGGGACCAAAGUUGACAUUUGGAGUAGCGGAGUCACAUUAUACAAUAUGACCACGGGCCGCUACCCGUUCGAGGGGGACAACGUGUUCCGGCUGCUGGAGGCGAUCGGACGGGGCGAGCCGACGCCGCCCCCCAGCCACCUCGGCCCCGCGCUCCAUUCGCUGCUCACCACGAUGCUCAGCAGGGACCCCGCGCUGAGGCCCGACGUCCAGCAGAUACGGCGGCACGCCUGGGUGCAGGCUACGCCCGCCCUGGAGGCAGGCGAGCGCCUGGUGAACCCGCGAUCCCGGCGAUCGGAUGAGCACCACAACUCUACCGUAAUACCUUACCUCGUCGAGCGCCACUACGCCUCCGCUCAAGAAUACUUCACCGAGAGGGAUCUGAGGCGCGAUAUGGGCGACAACGGCUCGAGGACGAUGUCGACGGCGGAGCUAUCGGACGGCGAGUCGAAUCAGUGCAAGAGGCGGUGGCACUCGUCGUGCGGGCGGCUGCCUUCGUGCCGGCUCACC